AUGUUCCAAGCUGCUAAAGAGAACCACAAUUACGAAUUUAAAUUCGUCGAAACUCAUUACGGAAGGUCCAUUACCACAAUCGCUGGUGUUUGCGAUAAUGAAGCAACUUCUCAAUAUUGGAUGAUCUACAACCUUCCAUUCUGCCCCGAUGUACACAACCCCCCUGGUAACGGAUAUCUUUCACCAGUUGGCGUUGAUAAAAUUGAAGUUCAUGAUGGAUAUCAUUAUCUGUUCUGGUAUCGAACUGUCAAUGUUGACGAACACCAAUAA